AUGGCGCGUCGUCCGGCAAGAUGUUACCGAUACUGCAAGAACAAGCCGUAUCCCAAGUCCCGCUUCAACCGUGGUGUUCCCGACCCUAAGAUCCGUAUCUUCGAUCUUGGCCGAAAGCGUGCGACCGUCGAUGACUUCCCUCUCUGCAUCCACCUUGUCUCCAACGAGUACGAGCAGCUGAGCUCCGAAGCUCUCGAAGCCGCCCGUAUUUGCGCCAACAAGUACCUCGUCAAGACUGCCGGAAAGGAAGGUUUCCACAUGCGUGUCCGCGCUCACCCCUACCACGUUGUCCGUAUCAACAAGAUGUUGUCUUGCGCUGGCGCCGAUAGACUGCAGACUGGUAUGCGUGGUGCCUGGGGUAAGCCCAACGGUACUGUUGCCCGUGUCAACAUCGGUCAGAUCAUCCUGAGUGUCCGAACUCGUGAUUCUAACCGUGCCGUCGCUCUUGAGGCUCUCCGACGAUCCCAGUACAAGUUCCCUGGCCGACAAAAGAUCAUCAUCUCUAAGAACUGGGGCUUCACUCCUCUCCGACGUGACGAGUACCUCGAGAAGAAGGCUGCUGGUCGUGUCAAGGUUGACGGUGCCUACGUUCAGUUCCUCACCAACCACGGUAACCUUGCGCAGAACAUCAAGCGUUUCCCUGAUGCGUUCACCGAGUCCGCUUAA